UUCUUUUCCAGCCUCGGUCUUCUCCCAAAAUUCCAUAAUCUUUCCAUGUCUUAAAUUCUAGGGUUCCGGCCGAAGGUGUGCCCUAGAUUUCAACCACAAUUGUAGUGCCCAAUCAGUCAUUUUAGGAAUUUCCAGUUUUCAWUUCGACUUCCCGAGGUUUAUCGAAUUCAUAUUUGGUGUCUUUUUUAGUGUUUUAGGGCUCUGAGGAUUUUGGAUUUGUUGUUUGAUUGCGGACCAAGUUUUGCAUUUUGGGGGAUUUUACCUUUUGGAACCUUUUUAAUUGCGUGGUUGCGAUCGGAGGGCUGACUUCAGAUUUUUUUUCCCUUUUUGGAGUUGAUAGAUGGCUACUGCGACUGAAGAGGAUGUUGAUUAUGAGAGUGAUCCGGAAGAAGCGAAGCGGUCACUGGCGAUGCGGAGGCGGGAAGCGAGUGAUGAUGAGGAGGGGGAGGUUGAUGAAGGGGAGGAAGUUGACGAAGAGGAGGAUGAGGAGAGGUAUGGGAACAGGAAGUCGGGUGGUCAUGGUGAAAUUGAUGCCGCCUCCGGCAAUGCAGUGAAGGAACUGGAUGAUGAUGGAAGACAGUUGACAGAAGGACCAACUGAUUUGCACGAGGAGAUUCUAGAAGAGGAAUUUGACGAGGAGAAGAAGGUGAACGAGCCCUUCGCUGUUCCCACUGCCGGGGCUUUCUAUAUGCAUGAUGAUCGGUUUAGGGACAAUGCAGGUGGCCGACACAGGAGAACACAUGGUGGAAGGAGAUUGUGGGAGUCCAAGGAUGACAUGAAAUGGGGGCAUGAUAAGUUUGAAGAAAUGACUUUGCAAGAUAGGCAUCGUGAGGAGAGGAGAACUUCUAAGGGUCAUCCGCGAGGUCGAGGUAAAAGUCGAGGCAUGGAUCAUGGUUAUGCUCGAGGGAACAGACCUCGAGCAUAUAACAAAAAUAACACCCAAAACAAUGCUCCUAAAGUUGUGAGAGGAAGARGACCUAGACGGUAUGAACAAUCUAUGAACAACAAUACCCGAUCCUCUCCUUCUCGAGAAAAACAAUCUGUAAAGCCUCCUGAGAAAGCGGUACAUAAUAAUGCAGGGAGAUCACUUGCACCCCCUCCAAGCGUAGAAGGGUCUGUUAAAAACAUCCCUAAAGUGGAGAAAAGAGAUGUACAAGCUGGACCUGAAAAGAAUGUCUAUGAUGAUAGUCGUUCUAUGCCACAAUCAAGUGUAAUAGUGGAUGGAAAGCAUGUAGUUGAUGCUGUUGCCAUGGACAGGCUUUACAUUAAUGAUUCAACCAAUCCAACUUUAGGGAAUCCUUUGUCUAAGCCAUCUUCUGGUUCCUCGGUUGGCAAUAAUGCUCAGAUUCCCCAAUCUAGGCCUCAGGGGAGGGGUGCUGUUGUAGGAUCAACCAGCUACCCUCCUGCAUCACUCCAUAGCCAAGUUAACAAGGCCUCCUUGCAGAAUCAGUCACUUGGUGUUGCACGGAAUCAUGGUCAAAUUCGGGCCCCGACUGCUGUUCAGGCUCCUGUCCAGCAGUUGGGUCAGCGACCUGGUAGUGGAUCUCAAUCUUCAUCCCCUCCAAAAACAUCUAUGUCAGUAAACUCAUUUGAAUCUGGAGAGGUUGAAUCUUCUUCGGAAUCAAGCAAAUUGAAAACUGCUUUGGUUGGAAAGGGAAAAGGUGUGGCCCAAGGUAUUGGAGCAGGUUCCUUUAUUUAUGGUGGGGCUCAGAUUAUGGGAACCACUGGAAACAUGAAUAUUACUCACGGAGAUCAGAACUUUCCUCAUACUCCAGCAUUUUUGCCUGUUAUGCAAUUUGGAGGUCAGCAUCCUGGUGGUAUUGGAGUUCCUGCAGUUGGCAUGGCAUUUCCAGGAUACGUUGCCCAGUCCCAACUUGGCAUGGGAAAUUCAGAAAUGACAUGGUUACCAGUUUUGGCUGGCGCAGCUGGGGCUCUGGGAGCUACAUAUUGUUCACCUUAUAUUGCUGUUGAUGGUGCUUAUCAUGCUCGCCCCUCAGGACAGACAUCAUCUGUGGGAACAUUGAGCAAAGAAAAUAACACAAACAAAUCCAAUAACGACUCAAAGCCUUCACAGAAUGAACAUGAAAGUGAUGAUAUUGGACAGCGACAAAAUAAGCCACGUAGAUAUUCAGAGAUGAACUUUGGUCAAUGAAGCAAGCGAGCAUAAAUGAUGGAGCCUAUUUCAAUAAGCAAAGGCCUUCUUCUAUGCCCUUUGUGAUCUCUAGCUUUGUUCUGGAGCACUUUGGGCUGCUAUAGGUUCCAAUAAGUAUUAGGGAUAUACGACGAACUCCUCUCCUGCCGUUGAUCUGAGAACAGUAUUUUCAGCUUGACGUGUGACUUUUCCUUGUUUAAAUUGCGGUUUUUCUUGUGGUUUGGUUUUUGAAUGAAGCAAGUGAGAAAGGGCUUCCCCAAAUAUGAGAAAAAUGAGAAAUGAUGAAGAAAUGUGUUUGGCAGCAGCUAGCUAUAUAAUAUGUGCUAAUUGUGGAGUUUGAUUAUUCUCUAUUAUAUAUAUAUAUAUAAAUAUAUAUAUAAUAUGAAUAUGAUAUGAUAGUGGUUUGGCUAAGAAGUUUAUUUGUUUGUCACGUUGCCAUUGUGGUUGAGUAAUUUUCGCAUGUAUGAUAUUUUAUGUUAUCUCUAAUGUGGGAUACUGCUGRGUAAUGAAAUCUCUAGUAUUCGAUUUUGCGUUA